CCCUCCUCUCUGGGGCGAGGAGACCAGGGUGCCCCCAGCCCGAUCCACGUCGCCCCCCGCCCCGGCGACAGAAAGAGAGGCUCGCGCCCCCGGACGCCCCCAGUUCGCCCGCAGGAGCAGACAGCGGCUCCGCGGAGGCGGCCGCAGCGGGGACUGCCGCGGCCGGCGCUGUCAGGGCGUCCCUCCCGGCCGGCCCGGGCCCGCCCCCGCGUGCGCCGAUUGGCCGAGGCGGCCAUCCAUCGCGGAACGUUGCCGCCCGCCUCGCUCCCUCGCCCGGGUAGCCACGUUCGGUUGAGCUCCAAGUAGACCAGCGGCGGCGGCGGCGGCGGCAGCGGUGCUGGAGGCGCAGAGGGCGGCGCAGGCGGAGCCGGGCGGGCGCGCGAGCGAGCGGAGAGCGGGCGGCCGUGCGGGCGGCGGCGGCGGCACCCCCAGGCCGAGCCGGCGCGGAAGGAGUUCCAGGGCGAUGGGGCCGCGGCCGGGGCUGACGCUUUGACAGCUGGAAAGAGCGCGGAGCCAGCGCCUGGGGGGGAGGGAGGGGAGCGCGGCGAGGAGAGCGCCAGCGAGCGAGACAGCGAGCGAGCGCCGGGGAGGGGGCCGGCAGCGAGGGGCAGCUCGGGAGAGCCGGAGCGGUAGCGGCGGCGGCGGCGGCGGCAGCGGCGAGGCUCGGCGCCCUCUUCUCCGCAAACCAUGUUUGCCAAAGGCAAAGGCUCGGCGGUGCCCUCGGAUGGGCAGGCUCGGGAAAAGUUAGCUUUAUACGUCUAUGAAUAUUUACUGCACGUAGGAGCACAGAAAUCUGCACAGACCUUCUUAUCGGAGAUUCGAUGGGAAAAAAACAUCACGUUGGGAGAACCGCCUGGGUUUUUGCACUCGUGGUGGUGUGUAUUUUGGGACCUUUACUGUGCAGCUCCUGAAAGGAGAGACACUUGUGAACAUUCAAGUGAAGCAAAAGCCUUUCAUGAUUAUAGUGCAGCAGCUGCCCCGAGCCCCGUGCUUGGCAACAUUCCCCCCAAUGAUGGGAUGCCGGGAGGCCCCAUCCCGCCAGGUUUCUUUCAGGGUCCUCCGGGGUCACAGCCCUCGCCGCACGCACAGCCUCCACCUCACAAUCCUAGCAGCAUGAUGGGACCCCACAGUCAGCCUUUUAUGUCACCGAGAUACGCAGGCGGCCCCAGGCCCCCGAUCAGAAUGGGAAACCAGCCUCCGGGAGGAGUUCCUGGGACACAGCCAUUGCUGCCCAAUUCUAUGGAUCCCACACGACAACAAGGCCACCCCAACAUGGGAGGAUCAAUGCAGAGAAUGAACCCUCCCCGAGGCAUGGGGCCCAUGGGUCCUGGCCCACAGAAUUACGGCAGCGGCAUGAGACCACCACCCAACUCCCUCGGCCCCGCCAUGCCCGGGAUUAACAUGGGCCCGGGAGCUGGCAGACCCUGGCCCAAUCCUAACAGUGCUAACUCAAUUCCAUACUCCUCCUCAUCACCUGGUACCUAUGUGGGACCCCCUGGUGGUGGCGGCCCUCCAGGAACACCCAUUAUGCCCAGUCCCGCAGAUUCAACAAAUUCCAGUGACAACAUCUACACAAUGAUUAAUCCGGUGCCACCUGGAGGCAGCCGGUCCAACUUCCCGAUGGGUCCCGGCUCGGACGGACCGAUGGGCGGCAUGGGUGGCAUGGAGCCACACCACAUGAAUGGAUCAUUAGGGUCAGGCGACAUAGACGGACUUCCAAAAAAUUCUCCUAACAACAUAAGUGGCAUUAGCAAUCCUCCAGGCACCCCUCGAGAUGACGGCGAGCUAGGAGGGAACUUCCUCCACUCCUUUCAGAACGACAAUUAUUCUCCAAGCAUGACGAUGAGUGUGUGAUCCCCCCUUCUCCGAGACGCUGAGAGAGCGGGCAUUGCAGGCGGGAAGAUGCCAGAAAUUAUGCAAGAAGUGAGGUGUCAUUACCCAGGAGCUGGUGGGGAGGGCAUCUCCCUGCUCCCCUCAACCCCCUCCCACCCCAUCCACACCCCCUACCUUUCCCAAUUUUAGUUUCAUGCAAUAAAAAGGCCAAACUUUUUAUUCCAUAAAACAUGAAGGACAAAACUCUCAAAAAUGUAUUUCAAGUCAGUGACCAGAAAAAUCCCACCCUUUGCCCUUUCCCCAAAGGACCUUUUCUGUACAUGACACUUUUUUGUUGUUUUUUGUUUGGGGUUUUACCGUUGUUGGGAUUUUUUUAUUUGUUUUCAGGGGGGUUUUUUGGGGGAAAAUUUUUUUAAAUGGAAGCUUCUAGCAAGCCCCCCACCCCAGUCAACCUCUAUGCUUUCUUCUUAAAAAAAAAAAAAAAGGAAAAAGGAAAAAAAGGAAAACCAGAAGCCCUGCUGUCUGUCUGUGCCCAAGCCCUUCCACCAGAAAAGCUAGUCUAGGUGUGAGAGCCCACAUUGUCUGUAGCCAUCAAAAAUAAUAAUAAUAAACUGGACAGUUUACAAUCGGUGGUUUCUUUCAGAAGGCCUUUUUUGGAAAGAAAAAAAGGCAGUCACCGUUUUCCACUUGGGGUUUUGGUUUGUGCAACAGGCAGGGGAGGAGCGGGAACGCGUUUGUUCUAGCUUGAUUUCCAUGGCAACGGCAGCGGCACGCUUGGACCCCAGAACCCAGCACCCUCAUCCUGUGGCCAGAGGGGCCGGACCACCGACCCCUUUAAGGAUUCCACCACAGCCCAGACCGUCGCCGUGACCCGGUGGCAUGCACUGUUCCCAGGACACCUUCCUCCUCCUCUCCUGGACCUCCCUCCCGUGCUGGCCUCCCUGCCUCUCCAGCCCCUCCUCUGCCCCCACCCCAGUCUUCCCAGUGAGAAUCCUGCCAGCUGGGUGGUGGCCUGGCGCAGAGUGGGAGAGGCUGCCACUGACAGGAUGGCUAUGACCUGGGACAUGGAAACAGUGACUUCCGCGUUCUGGUCCCGAGAUCCUCGCAUCAGCGUCAUCGUGUGCACCGGCUGGGGGGCUGGAGUUCCGGUUUUCUUUGUUUUUUCUCUUUAUUCGUCCUUUCUCAAAGAUGGGAUACUGACCAGAAUUGCUCUGUAUAUGCUUGGGACUGGAUGGAAAGACUUUGGAGCAGCUGUGGGGGGUGGGGGGACACCGACAACCAAACAGACGUGCUGGCUCCGGUCCUGUUUUUACUUUCAAAAACCAACAAGCCCGACAGUGGAGCCUGUCCCCUCCCGGGAGGGUGCUCAUGGCCCCGCUCACCUCAUCACCCCACGGAAACCUUUGUGUCUUGCCCUGGAAGACACCCGAAUUCUUUGUACAUUGACAUGCCCUUCUCCUUCCUCCCUCCCCUGUAGCUGGUCUUUGUUUUACUCCCUCCCUUUCUGAUCCAUGUAUAUCAUAUUAUGUGAGAUAUCAUCUGCCUGAAAAAAGACUUUGUGCGGAUUAUUGGGAACAUUGUAGCUGUUUCUGUGUUUUUUCUUACCUUGUAGUCUGGUUCUGAAUUAAGAGAGGAAAAAAAAAAGUAAUUAUGAUACAUUGUAGUUUGUGUACGAUAUAUGUUGAUAACGUUUUAUUAAAGGGACAUCUUUUUUCCGCA